UUGCGGAAGUAGCCUACGCGGUUAGCAGAGGAUGUGACCUGUCUGGAGAACGCACUGAGACUGUCAUGCAAAUACUCAGGUAGAGAUGGAUGAUUCAGAAACAUGAUCCUCUUCUGAGAUCCGUUUCAUUCUCAACAGUUUCGGUUAAUUUUCUGACCCGGGGCAGCUUUUAUUUAUUUUUUAUUUUUUGGGGAGGUAUGGGUGCACUGCAAUCCUCACCUGGUCAACCAGAAUACGUUGAUCUGGCUGAAAAGACGGGAUUUUCAUUUGAACAGAUUGGAGUCCUACAUAAAAGAUUCAAGCAGCUAAGCCACAAUGAAGACUUUCUGCAGAGAGAUCACUUCAACAAAAUUCCAGAUCUAGCACUCAAUCCUAUCCGAUCGCAGAUCAUAGAGGCCUUCUUUGACAGAAGAAACUUUCGGCAGAAUGGCGAGGGCACGGUUCAUGAUAUCGGCUUUGAGGAGUUCCUGCUGGUCAUGUCCCAUUUCAGGCCCCCGUCACUGCACAUUACAGAGGACCAGCGUGAGAGCGUCAGGAGGGACAAACUGAGAUUUUUAUUCAACAUGCAUGACACCGACAACGACGGGACAAUAACCCUUGAGGAAUACAGACAUGUAGUGGAGGAGCUGUUAUCUCUCAGCGAGGCACUAGAGAAGGACACGGCCAAAAGCAUAGCUGAUGCAGCUAUGUUGGAGGUGGCUAGUAUUUCAAUGGGCCACAUGGAACCUGAUGAAUUCUAUGAGGGAAUCACAUUUGAGCAUUUCCUCAAGUUGCUGAAUGGCUUUGAAAUUGAAUCAAGAAUGAACAUUCGCUUUUUAAAUAUGGACACAACAAACUUAUGUAAGUGAGGUUUGAACACUAAACUAUGCAGUGACUCGGGGAAACCUAUUGAGGAUGCAUAAUUAUGGAAUUAUGGUUUCACUAUAACAGUAACUAUCUGCUGUUUCCUACACCACUUUGUUGCUUGCACUGAAUAUAUGCCUUACUCAUGUAUAAAGAACUAUGCAAAUUCAAAGAAAAUAUGUAUACAGCAGAUGUAGUAAGAGUAGUUCAUUUGAUUUUAAGCAAUAACAUGAGAAAAUCACUGAAACAACAGUCCACCUGUUAAUAGUUGGACUAAGCAAUAAUCAAAUAUCCUUGUUUGGAGUAGCAGACAGUAUGACGCUAUGCAUGCAACUAUGGAUGCUGAAGAACCUUUAAAAAAGAUGUUAAUGUGAUAAAUCAAUAACUCUUAAUAAUCAGGGACUUAAAAGUAUGCCUUUUAAAUAUAUAUCUGUGUCUAAUAAUAGUAAAGCAAUAAGAAGAUAUGCCUUUUAUUCAUGUUAUAAAUAUGACACUUGGUGCAUGCUCUGCACACUACAUUUGCACAAUAAAAGACCCCAUGAAACUGAUCUGACAAGUCAUGAUGUGUGUUUCUGAUAAAAAGGAAAUGGGAGUGCUGUCAUGCAAGAUUAAAUGCUUAAAGGCAUUAUCUCAUCAGUCCUUAUUUAAAAAGAGGAGGCGAUACAAGUCGUAAUCUAUUUUAUCUCCAUUCUGCCUCGCCUUCGAAAGAUUAUUAUAAUUGUUGAAAACACAGGGUAAUUAGUCAUAGAGACAUUUUACAGUUUAGUUAACAUGAACCUUGGAAACAAAACACUGCGCAAAUCACCUGAGGCUUUCUCAUAAAAUUCCACAUAACCUUAGGGAGUGAAUGACUCAUGGAAAUAACCUUUGUUAAUUAUGUGCUCUGUGGUGUAUAUUAUCUCAUUCCAAUAUUUUACAUGCAGCAACUUCUCUUUAACAAUGCAAAGAAGUCACAAGUUGUGUUGGGGAAUAUGGAAAUUCUCAUCAUCAUUAUUGAACAGUUGAAAAAAAAUUUUUUUAUUGUUUUAUUAUCAUUGUAAUAUUUGACGGUCAAAGUUUUAUGUCUAACUACCCUUAAAACCACAGACCCAUUUUAUUCCAAUGUAAGAUACAACACGUGAAUGUAGCUUUUGCAGCCCCAUCACGUCAGAAGUUUUAAUAACUUAAAAUGAAUCACUUGAGAUGUCAAGCUAAUCUUAAGCUCUCGAUAGUAACAGCUCUUGUUUCAAGAGCUAGUACAAGUUUCAUAACUCCAGUCUUUUGGUGCGACUUUUGUGGUAAAUACACACAUUUAUUAGCAACAACGUCAAGAACAGUAAUCUCAAAAUCCUUUAUGGUAAAGUGGAGAAACAGAGAAAAAAAUGUAUAUGACAGCGUAAGAAUAAAUAAAGUAAGUAGUCAGAAGUUGAUGUCUAUCAUAUAUAUUGACCACAACAUCUCCAGUUUUAGUCUGGCUAGGGAUUUUUGUUGGCACCCACCUCCUCUCUUCCUCCUCAUGUUUCCUGUCAGAUUCAUACUACUGUGUUGUAUCAGUAAAAAGGUUAAAAUUGCCAAUACGUUGACUUGUUUUCUUUUCGGGCAUUUAUCAAUACCUGUUUAUUGUGUCCCCAGCUUUUGCAAGUCUUUUUGUUGUGUGAUGUAUAUUAAUUUAAAUAACUAAAAUAUUUUAAGUAUAUCCUUUGACUGCCAAGUGAUGAACAUCCUAAGAAAACCAUCAGCACAUCUGAUGCUCUUCAUGGUGUAUACUGCCCCCCACAGUUCAAAGUAUGAACAUCAUGUGAAAUGACAAUAUACCUGCACCUGAUUCAUUAAAGAUAUGUCUAUUUC